GCGGGGCGGCCGUUAGCGGGGCUGCCGCUUCCCUCAGCUCCGCUCUGCCUCACACCCCCCGGGAACAGGGGGGUCCCAGACCUUCCCUGAGGGGAAUAUUGUGUCUCCUCAGCUCCCCUCACCCCCAGCCCUACGCCAGACAAUGACACCAGAACAGAGCCCCACAACUUCCCUCAUUGAUAGGACCAUCAAGAUGAGGAAAGAAACUGAAGCCCGGAAAGUUGUCCUGGCCUGGGGACUCCUGAACGUGUCUGUUGCAGGCAUGAUAUACACUGAAAUGACUGGGAAACUCAUCAGCUCGUAUUACAACAUCACCUACUGGCCACUCUGGUACAUUGAACUGGCACUUGCAUCUCUCUUCAGCCUGAAUGCCUUGUUUGAUUUCUGGAGGUACUUCAAGUACACAGUGGCACCGACUAGCCUGGUCAUGAGUCCUGGCCAGCAGACCCUGCUGGGCUUGAGGAAUGCAGCUGUGCAAACCACUCCACCACGUGAGCUGGCAGCAAAGAAAGUCCCUUCCUCAACACCUUCUCCUCCCAUCCAGGGUCAGAGUGUGCUGAGCUACAGCCCCUCCCGUUCCCCCAGUGCCAGUCCCAAGUUUCCUGCUGGUUGUAUCACAGGGUACAGCCCUCAGCUACAGGCUCUGGCAAGCAACAGCCCUUCCUACAGUGGUGCUGUAACCUACUCACCCAGCAGCAGCUACAGUAAGGUUUCCAGCUUCAGCCCCUCUCCCAGUGGAGCACCACACCCCACCAGUAUAGGACCAGUGGAAAGUGGUGGCCUGAGGUCCCGUUACCGCUCUUCACCCAUUCUCUACAAUUCUCCUACUGGCAAAGAAGAUUACAUGACAGACCUCAAGUCUCUGGACACCUUCCUGAGAAAUGAAGAGGAGAAACAGCACAGAGUUCAACUGGGAAGUUCAGAUUCCAGCUCUCCUUCCAGCAGCCCAACUUUUUGGAACUACAGCCGUUCCAUGGCAGAUUAUGCACAGAUGCUGAGAAAGUUCCAGUAUCAGCUGGCAUGCAGAUCCCAGGCUCCAUCAGCACACAAGGAUGAAGCUGAUCUCAGCUCCAAACAGGCUGCAGAAGAGGUUUGGGCCCGGGUGACAAUGAACCGACAGCUCCUGGAUCACAUGGAUUCCUGGACUGCCAAGUUUAGAAAUUGGAUUAAUGAGACUAUUCUAGUGCCUCUUGUCCAGGAGAUUGACUCUGUGAGCACUCAGCUGAGGAGAAUGGGCUGCCCAGAACUGCAGAUUGGAGAAGCCAGCAUCAGCAGCCUGAAGCAGGCAGCACUCGUGAAAGCUCCGCUCAUCCCCACCUUGAACGCCCUCGUGCAGUAUUUGGAUCUGUCACCAAACCAGGAAUAUUUGGUUGAAAGGAUUAAAGAGCUGUCCCAGGGAGGGUGCAUGAGCUCGUUCCGCUGGAACAGAGGAGGGGAUUUCAAAGGCCGCAAGUGGGACACUGACCUGCCCACUGAUUCCUCUAUCAUCAUGCAUGUCUUCUGCACUUACCUCGACUCCAGACUGCCACCUCACCCCAAGUACCCCGAUGGCAAAACCUUCACUUCCCAACACUUCAUCCAAACCCCGGAUAAACCAGACACUUCCAAUGAAAACGUGUUCUGCAUCUACCAGAGCAGCAUCAACCCUCCCCACUACGAGCUGAUCUACCAGCGCCACGUCUACAACCUGCCCAAGGGCAGAAACAACAUGUUCCACACCUUGCUCAUGUUCCUGUAUAUCAUAAAGACCAAGGAAUCCGGGAUGCUGGGGCGUGUCAACCUGGGUUUAUCAGGAGUCAACGUUCUGUGGAUUUUUGGGGAAUAACCUCAGAGGAAUUCCUCUCCUCUGGCACCAGGAAUCCAGGGACAUUGUCACCUUCUGGACUCCAACCCCGCAGGAUUCAGAGUCGGGGGUGACUUCAGCUCCUGCUUGGUGACAAAACCAUUGAACACUUCACUGUCCAAAUGCUGCAGCACCCGGUGGGUUCCCUCACUCCAGCUCCAGCUCCUCAACAAAUCCUGGCUUGAAAAGGGAUUUUCCUGGGUUUUUCUGUGUCAUCCUCAGUGCCUUCAGCUCUGAGCCAAGAUUCACCAAUCAGAACUCAGCUUAACCAGUCACAACCGAGUCUGACUGACCACAGCCCAAUCUGACUGACAACAACCCAGUCUGACUGACCGUGACCCAGUCUGAUCACAACCCAGUCUGACUGAUCACGACCCAGUUUGACUGACCACAGCCCAGUCUGACUGACCACAGCCCAGUUUGAUCACAACCCAGUCUGACUGAUCUCAACCUAGUCUGACUGACCACAACCCAGUCUGACUGAUCACAACCCAGUCUGACUGACCACAACCGGGUCUGAAUGAUCACAGCCCAGUCUGACUGACCACAACCCAGUCUGAAUGAUCACAGCCCAGUCUGACUGACCACAACCGGGUCUGAAUGAUCACAGCCCAUUCUGAUCACAGACCAUUCUGACUGACCACAGCCCAGUCUGACUGACCACAACCCAGUCUGAAUGAUCACAGCCCAGUCUGACUGAUUACAACCCAGUCUGA